AUGCUACGCAGGGCCAGUUUGAGAACGCGAUCCUAAACUCUAACAUCCGGCAUUUAUUUCGAAUUCUCAAACAGUUGAUCUUGUCGUCGCUAAACAAUUAUUACUUGAGUAUAACAUUUUUGAAGGCAAACUCACAAUAUGAAGAUUGUUCUGUUACUUCUUGUCACGACGUGUCUCGUUGCAGCGCAAAGGAUAACGACGAUUCAACUGGAUGGAGUUCAGUACUUUGUGUCACGAAUGAAUCCAUACAGUCCCGAAUUGAAUUACUUUCUGGCAUACCAGUAUUGUCGUUCAUUAGGUCUACAAUUGGCGUCAUUUGAAACGAAAGAGAAGGCUGAUACGAUGACACAGUAUCUGAAGAAUGCAGGAUAUGCAAAAUUUGAUUUUUGGACAUCGGGAAACAAAUUGGGAACUGAUAUGUUUCUAUGGAUGAGUACCGGUUUACCGUUCAAUGCAACAUUUGAUUAUAUGGUAGGACGUUCGAGCAGACCAGCCGAUGUUCCACCGGGGACUGAACCCCAAAGGGUGGCACGCGAAAGUGGCGACAGUGGUAGUGCAGACGGUUGCGUAGCAAUGAAAGCACCGACACUGGCAUGGGACGGUCAAGAUUGUACCCUCAUCAAAGAUUUUAUCUGUGAGCAGACGAGAUGCUAUUAUUACAAUUAUGGGAGCAUAUCGGUUUCGGCAACUCAGGGGAACCGUAAGCCUUACGCAACAACGACAACCUUACCGGAAACUGACCGAGAUAAAGCAGAUAGGCUGGACACGUCUUCUACAAACGAUAGAAUUACUGAAAGGGAAUCAAAUCAGGAGCCUGAAAAUACCGAGGUGUCAUUAGAGACAUCGGCAAUCCCAGAAAAUCCCGUAGUUGGUAGACUUAUGAGUUCCUUGACUUCGUUGUCCCCAAAAAAAGAAGAAUUUUCAUCAGGUGAAAAAAUUACAAGACCGGAAGAGAUCCCAAACAUAACGAGCAUUUUUACAAAAGGUCCGGGUGUUCAAACCCGCAUUGAGACUCUCUUUGACGGUCUAGAGACCCAUGAAAUUCGCUCCCUCCAACGGAAAAACCAGCAGAAUCAAGAAAAAAUUUCUGAACAUCACGAAUCAUCUGAUUACGAAAACGGUGAGACUGAAUUACCGGAUAAUGAUCUGGAGGAUGCUAAAACCAUUGGUCCCUAUGAUAGUAGCCAAGAUUAUGCCAACGAUCAACCGGAGACUUCUAUAAGUCAUGAUAAUUCUAAAGGGCCAGAAGAAGACACAAGUACUAUUUUACCGGAUGCCGAACCAGCCUAUAGGUAUAACAUUAAAGUUCGCAGUAACGGCAAAGUAUUAGACCCUCCGUCCAAGUAAUACAGUUUUUAAAAUCAUUUACGAGUUAUUAUUUAGGCGUAUUUUAUCAAAUCAUCUCAAGUGUAUGCAACUUACAAAAUUGAAAAAAAUUGUUAUGCUAGCUGUUUCUAGAAUUUUCCUGAUCGAUUCGAUGUUUGCAGCAAUAUUCUUAAAAUAGUUUGAUAUAAGAUAUAGUUAGUCAACAAUUCGUCGAAAUUAUAACUACAUAAAUGUAUUAACGCACACUAAUGUCAUAGAAUUCAGGAUUUUGAUGGAGCAAAAUCUGGUGAAAUUAUUCUUUUAAAACAUUUGAAUCAAAGUCAACGAUCUAAGAAUGAUCAUUACACGACACUCUCGUAUCUAAUUUCGCAUCGAAAAGUUUUCUUUUAUCAUUAAUUACGAAUACGAGUGCAUGACUUAAUGUUUAAUGAGACAGUUAUUACACUCAUAUAUACAAACAGAGGGACAAAAGAGAUUUAAAAGUAUUUUGAAUUCCCUCAUAUUGUAACGUUUUGGUUAUCCAUUCGUAUUCUCCUCAUAAUUAAGAAUGUAUUGUAAGAUUAAUGCGGUUAUAUUCAAUGAGUAAUCUGAAAUCCCCUACCAGUGUGGAAUUCAUUAUUAAAGAAUUAUUCACGAGUGAUUAAUAAAAACAAUUUUUAAUAUCGUA